AUGGCCGAUGUUCUAUAAAAAUAGUUUCUAUGAGAAUAUUGAGAAUUUUAUGGCAAGUCUUACUAUAAUACAUAUUGUUUUUAAAUAAUGUCUAAAAGAGAUCCGUCAGAUCGACAUGGGCAUGACCGAAAGUUGGAUCCAAGUGACUAUGAAAACUUGAUAUCACAACAUAAUUUAUUCGAAGCGUCACGAUCAAAACACCAAGAACUACCCAGUUUUCCAGGUUUUUCUAAUGCCGAAACGCAAACGAAAAAUAGUGAUAUAAAAGAACAGGCAGUGCACUCUGGUCUGGGGCCUUGGCAUUACAACCCCUGGUGGGUGCUCGCUGGUGCCGCAGGCACUAGCACCGCCAGGGCCAUACCAUCUCAAGACGGUUAUUCAGAACACAGUGAACAAACUAAAGUGAAACAAGAACCUCCUGGGCCUGGGACUCCAGAUAGGGACCCACUACAAUCCGACUUGGAACAAUUUCAAGCAGAGACAGUUACACCUCCAGUUGGAUUAGAUUCUUUUUGUGAUGACUGUUCUGACCCAUUUUGUGACUCAAGUGCAGCAAUAUGUCGCAAAUUAUUCCAUUGUCCCCACUGCCGUAAGAGCUACCCAACAAUCUUAGAAUUUAACACGCAUUUGACAGGAGUUCACCCAGCACAAAAGCCUUUCCGAUGUCAAAUAUGUUUGGAACCUUUUUACAAAAAAUCACAACUAAGAAGACAUUUGGAUGCUAAUCAUACGCGAAAAGACGUGAACAAAUGCUCAGUGUGCUCCAAAUAUAUCAAAGAUAAGAGCAACCUACGCAAACAUAUGCAAGUACACACAGGUCGUGUACCUCAGAAACAAUUCAAAUGUGAUCUGUGCAAUAACAAACGUUACAUGUCGCUAGACAGACUGAACAAUCAUAAAGUGGUGUGCACAGGAGAGAAAGUUCUGAAGUACUGUGACAUGUGCACUAAGGUGUUUGAUAAUUCAAGAUCGCUCAAUAGCCACAAGAAAGUACAUGCUAGGGAAUUGAAGUGUGACAACUGUGGAGAACAGUUACGCUCAUUGGAGCAAUUUACAAAUCAUAAGAUGAUUUGUCAAGGAGCUACAUCAGAAGCAAGCGCAAGUCAUGGUCAAGCUAGUUCAGGGCACACUGGUGUGCCAACCAUGGGGCGCUGCUGCACUCAGCCAGGUUUAUGUGAACAUGACAAGCCGGCCUACCUGAACAUACCUGGAUAUGCGGCUGGUAGAGUGCUGGAUGCCACUCUUUCCUCUUUGAAAUCAGAACUGAACUGAUGACAGAUGCCGCACUGGCUUACAAAGUAACUAAUUAAUUCAUAUUAAAUUAAACAGUUUCUUUUUUUACAAGAUUACCAAAUAGAUAAAUAAAUGACAGUAAUAAUUUUCACAAUAUUGAGAAUUUCACAAGACUGAUGCAAAUAUCCCGCCUCACGACUUGCUUUAUUAUUACCAUUUAAAUUAGGCUUUAGUUAGUAGGUAAAUAAGAGUAAGUUACAUAGCCAUUUGGACAUGUUCUUAUAUAUUAGUGAGGGAGUGGGUAAUAUAUUUGAAUAUGCUUAAAUUGUUAUAACCACCUUUAAGUUUUAAUUAAAGUAAAUCAUAGCUGUUGAUUGACAGUGAAAUAGAACCAGAUCAUACAUGCAACAAUUUAUUGUACGUUUAUCAGAUAUAUUUUUUUAUAAUUUGAUAUCUUUUCUACAACAAUGCUUUUGACUGAUUUAGAAUAAAGAUGAAUGUGCAGUAUUACAAACAAAAACAAUUUUUAUUUUUCUAUUUUGGAGAAGUUAUAGAGUAUGUUAUUUUUAUAGUUUUUAGAACAUAAUAUUUUAGUUUAACGUUUUUGUACCUAAGUUGUAUGCUGUAUUGGUCAGUGGAGGUGUAUGAGGAGCAUAUUAUAUUUUCUGGGGCUCUGAUGUACAUUUUUCUCCAAAGACAAUUUAUAGAUGUGUGUAGUUUCGUAUACAUAUAAUAUAUACGUGUAUUUCGAAUAUUUUCUAAAGACAUCUUUUAUUCACAUUGCUAUAGGACAUUAAGUUUGAAAAUGUUACACCUUUAGGUAAGUUAAACUUGAUGAAGUGCAAUGUACCGUUGGCUAAGCCUUGUGCAUGUUAUGGUUAUUGGAAUUAUGUAUUUGUUGUGUUCUACCUACCCAUAAUAUUUAUUCUUGAAGUGUUAUACACUGAAAAAUUAUUGCUGCAAUUUAUAAAAUUUAUUCAUAUAAUGUUUUUAAAUAUUUAAACAAUAUAUGUGUACACACACCUUAAUUCUAAGAUUCGAGGCUAUAAUAUCUAAAUCUAGUAAGCCUUUAUUAUGCUAAUAUUAUGUCAUAAGAGUUUAUUAUUAUACUCUCAAAUUUUAUCUUGUACACUUAUAUUUUUUUAAAUUUAUUAUUUCUAAUUUUAUUUAUUUUGUUCAUGUUAUGUGGAAAGAUGAGUACUUCAAUUUGGAGGCUUUUUUAUUCAUUAUCCGUUGUUGCUAUUAUUUUAUUUACAUUUGUUU